AUCUGUUCUUGACACAUGUUUUGAGGUCGAGUUCGUGUUCUCUAGGACUCCACAACCGUGCUGGUGGCAGGAACGAGGCAGCCAUGUUUCGGAGGAUGAUAUUCCUCGCUGCUAGGGAGACGAAUAUUGGCGAGGCGGCAGAGUUAGGUCCGGCGAAGGUUCUGGUCAGAAUACUCAGGGACCACGGGCCUGUCACAUCACAGGACUGCUGGAGCCAUGCUGAGAGGGGCGAGGGGAGGAUGAGAGCGGCCAUUCGCGCACGGCAGAAAAGGAUGCUGCAGUCCACGAAUGUGGAGGGGGAGGACAGUGGUGCCAUUUGCAAUGUCGUGCUGCAGGUGUGCUACGCCAUGGGGUGUGGAGCAUUCCCCAGAGCGACGCCCAGGUGGUGGAUGCAGCGACGGACAGGUGGGACGUGGCAGGAUCUUCGGCAAUGCGACGAUGCGACGGCGGACUACUUCAAGGACAAGCAGCAGCAGCCUCCGAAAGACGUCGGCCAUGAAACGCACGUGGACGACGCCAACAGCUAGAAGACAACCGUGGACGUCCAGGAAAAGGCGAGGGUCAGUGGCGCAAACGGCCGAUCGCAGCUACCGAUAAAAGCAGGGUAACGUA